CGGGUGUCCUGCGGGUCUCGCCGGCCACAUCCCGCAGUCCCUCCGCCGCCGCAGCAGCCGCCGGGUCUGCCCUGUCCGUCCGGCUCGCCCGCCCAGGACUCCUCCCAGGGUCCGAGCUAGGCGAGAAGAAGCCCGGGAACCUCCGCUCGGGCGCCCCCGAGAGUCUCCUCCCCUCGGCCUCGGCCGUGCUCUGCCCCUCGGGCGCGCGAGGGGCCGCGGCGGUUGUGGCAGCGGCGCCCGGCAUGUUUCAGAGCUCGUGGCGGCUCUGCUCCGCCCUGCUGCAGAGGGACGCGCCCGGCCUGCGCCGCCGGCCCGGCCCGGGCCCCGGCCGGCGCUGCCAGUCGUCUCCGCCGGCGGCCACCCGGCGCCCAGCGUCCCCCCGGCUCCUGGCGGCGGCCUCGGGCGCGCCGGCGCCGCGUCCCAGCGCAGUCCAGUUGGUGUUGGUCAAUCUGGGUUGGUGUUCUCAGCGUGUCCCAUGGGAAACGGCACGAGCAGACUCUAUAGUGCUCUCACCAAGACACUGAACAGCAGCGCCGCCUCCCAGUAUUUGGAGUCGCCUGACCCGGAACACCUGGAGCCCAUCGACCCUAAAGAGCUCCUUGAGGAAUGCAGAGCCGUUCUGCACACGCGCCCUCCCCGGUUCCAGAGGGACUUUGUGGACCUGAGGGCAGACGGCCCCAGCAGCCACCCGCCGAUGAGGGUCAUGCAGUGGAACAUCCUCGCCCAGGCUCUCGGAGAAGGCAAAGACAACUUUGCACAAUGCCCUCUGGAAGCACUCAAGUGGGAAGAAAGGAAAUGUCUCAUCCUAGAGGAAAUCCUAGCCUACCAGCCCGAUAUAUUGUGCCUCCAAGAGGUGGACCACUAUUUUGACACCUUCCAGCCCCUCCUCAGCAGACUGGGCUAUCAGGGCACGUUCUUCCCCAAGCCCUGGUCCCCUUGCCUGGAUGUAGAACAUAACAAUGGACCGGAUGGCUGCGCCUUGUUUUUCCUCCAGAACCGAUUCAGGCUCCUCCACAGUGCCAAUAUCAGGCUGACGGCCAUGAGGCUGAAAACCAACCAGGUGGCCAUUGCACAGACGCUGGAGUGCAAGGAGUCCGGCCGACAGCUCUGCAUCGCCGUCACCCACUUGAAAGCACGCACCGGCUGGGAGCAGUUUCGAUCGGCUCAAGGCUGUGACCUCCUCCGGAACCUGCAGAACAUCACCCAAGGAGCCAAGAUUCCCCUUAUUGUCUGCGGGGACUUCAAUGCCGAGCCAACAGAGGAGGUCUACAAACACUUCGCUUCCUCCAGCCUGAACCUGAGCAGCGCCUACAAGCUGCUCAGUGCGGACGGGCAGUCGGAACCCCCGUACACCACCUGGAAGAUCCGGACCUCGGGGGAGUGCCGGCACACCCUGGACUACAUCUGGUACUCCAAGCACGCUCUGAGCGUGAGGUCAGCGCUGGACUUGCUCACCGAGGAACAGAUUGGACCCAACCGGCUACCGUCCUUCCACUACCCCUCAGACCACCUGUCUCUAGUGUGUGACUUCAGCUUCAAUGAGGACCCUGAUGCCCUUUUAUAAACGCUUAUCUGCGUCUUUUUACUCACAAGAGUCUUAACCUCAGUGGCCCGAGGAAGGGCUCCCAGUUCCUCUCGCUUCACCUUCCGUGUUUCCAGCAUGCCCUUGGGAAGGAAUCCCACCAGUUCACAAACCUUUCCCAUUAAAACCUACAGCAAAAAGGUGUCUGCACUCCACUUUUGGGUUGUAUGGUCUUCUUUCCCCUAGCGUUACCUUUAGAUCCGUUAAGGGCAUCAAGUUAGGCUUGUUCUGAAGCUUUCAGUUUGAUGAUGCUGUAUACAAAAAUACUUCCUUGAGUCCUCCGUAAUUAACAAGUAUGCAGGAGCCAUUUCUCUAGACAGUGUUUCAAAUAAUUUAUUUGAGGUUUUAAAUGUCAACGGGAUAUGCAUGGCAAUAUUUAUUUUUUUAUACCUUUGUGUAAAAUUAGUAAAUUGUAGGUAGCAUACACAUUUCAAAACCAUGCAAAACGUAAGUUAUAAUUUAUAGUAAUUUCCUUAAGGCUUUAAGAUGUUUUCACCUGGGGUCUAACAAAACAGUGUACAAAGGAACUAGGUAGCCUGGCGGCCCCGGGGUUUUGCUUGUUUAAGUGGCAGUAUCAGCUCUUCUUGGUAAGUUCUUCAUCACCAUUCUUACUGUGCCUCCAUGUCCCCAUUGCCGUGUUUCCCGAGGAGAUCCCAUGACCAGUCUUCGUUAUCUCAUCACUGUUGUGCAUUUACAGUUUCCCAUCGGAAUGCUAUCAGCAUACAUUUGAGGUCACUCAGUGUCAUCAUUGUUCGUAUCAGGAUGAGCUUUUUCCAGUAGGUCUCAGGAGCUGUUCUGUGCAGUGCCUGGGAAAGUCAGUGGGACCUUCUUUUCAGAGAUGGGAAACUAGGAAAACCUCUUUACGAGGCCAUCAUUGACAUUUCCUAAGACAACCAGGGAAUGUGUUCAGAGCAUCUAGAAAUAAUGUAAAAAGAUAACCUGAAAUUUUCUUUCAUUGGGGGAAAAAGACGGUACAGUCCCUUCGAAACAAAAUACCCAAAAAUAACCUAUUGGUAAUAAAGUGAUAAAUAUUUUAACCCAUGAGUUGUGUAUAUUUAAGAUUAAUAAAUGGUCUUUUAAAAGUAA